GGUAUAAGAUGAAUCCACCAUGGCGUUAAAUUGAGCCAAUUUUACAUUUCUUUUCUGGUGAAUCAAUAAAAAAAACACUAUGAUUAUUUAAGAGUCAGGUACUAUAUCGAAUUCAUCGUAUUUUCUUAAGAUCUAGAGAUUUGUGAACAGGGUUCCAUGAUUAGCAAAGACCAGACAAAUAAACAAAUUUCAUUGACCUGCAACCUGAAAAUAAUCCACCUAACAAACAGCUGUCUAUUAUUUAAUCUCCAAUUGAUCUACUCUUCACAUGCUAUGUAUAAAUCACAAUGGCAUUGUCAUUCAUUCCAAUCACAACUACCUUUCAAACUCUCACCAAAUGAGUCUCCUAAGUUCCAUUGCAUCACUUCACAUUUUUCUCUUACUUUUGCCAUCAAUCCUCUGCAAACCUUGUGACUUCCCUGCUAUCUUUGCUCUGGGGGACUCAAACUCUGACACCGGUGGCUUCUCCGCUGCCUUCGGUCCUCUCAGCUCACCAUAUGGAGAUACCUUCUUCCAUAUGCCCUCCGGCAGAUUCUCCGAUGGCCGCCUAAUCAUCGACUUCAUUGCUGAGAACCUUGGACUUCCAUAUCUGAGUUCUUAUCUAGAUUCAUUAGGUGCAAAUUUCAGCCAUGGUGCAAACUUCGCCACAAGUUUAUCCACCAUCAUUCCUCAAAACAUAACACUUGCUCAAGGUGGCUACAGUCCAUUCUCUCUGGACAUCCAAGCCAUGCAAUUCUCACAAUUUCAAUCCAGAUCCCAAUUUAUACUCAGAAAAGGAGGAGUGCUCAAGAGUUUGAUGCCAAUGAAGGACUACUUCUCAAGAGCUUUGUACAUCAUAGACAUUGGUCAGAAUGAUCUCACUGCACUCUACUUCAGCAACAGUUCUGCAGAGCAAUACAUCCAUGAUGCAAUGAAAGCCUUUUCCAAAACCAUAAAGAGUUUAUACAAGAAUGGAGGAAGGUACUUCUGGAUACAUAACACUGGUCCAUUAGGCUGCCUGCCUUAUGUACUCCGACAAGUCCCCGGAUAUCGAAAACUAGAUUCUGUAGGCUGUGCUGUAGUUUUCAAUGAACUUGCCAAGAAGUUCAACAGAAUGCUCAAUGAAACUGUAGCUCAGUUGCAAAAAGAAUUCCCAGUUGCAGCAUUCACAUAUGUUGAUAUCUACUCUGCUAAAUACUUACUGAUCAGUCAAGCCACCAAGUUCGGAUUUAGGAAGCCAUUAAUGGCUUGUUGUGGGCAUGGUGGAGGAGCAUAUAACUAUGAUUCAAUAGCAAGGUGUGGAACUAGUGUGAAUGUGCAUGGAAAUGAAGUUCUAAUUGGGAAGUCAUGCAUGGAUUCAAGCAAGAGAGUGAGUUGGGAUGGAGCUCAUUACACUGAGGCUGCAAACAAAUGGGUUUUUGAUCAAAUAGUUAAUGGCCAUUUUUCAUAUCCUUCAAACUCUUUGAAUAUGGCAUGUUACAAUCACAAUCACAAAAGUUUUUGAAAUCAUUGUGAAUUUAAUAUGAUUUAUUUCUUUUUAUAUGAAAAGGAAUUCAAUAAUUGUUGAAAAAGUUGUAGCAAGUUGGUGAUAAUAAUGACAUGAAGGAAAGG